AUGACAAAAAGGGUCAUGCCAGUGCCUGCACUUUUCCAGAGAACAAAGGAUCAAAUUGUAAGUGGACUGCCUGGUGUUCAGCGGUACUUGGAUGACAUCUUGGUAAUUGGAAAAACUAAGGAGCUGCACCUGAGCAAUCUAACCGUCACACUACAUCAUAUUAAGGACUAUGGUCUGAGAGUUUGCAUAAACAAUUAUGAGUUCUUCAACUACUUUGUGGAGUACUUAGAACAUGUCAUAGAAGCCAAGGGGCUUCAUAAAGCAGACCUUGAAACCGCUACACCGGUUACUCUGUCAAGGUCAUCACAGCAAGGUGGCUAUUUAAACCAGUGUAAAGCAGCCAUCCAGACUUUCAGAGUACUGGGAGGCACCAAGCCCACCAUGCAGAUCACUUCAAGUCUGGUGUCAUUUGUAUCAGUGCUGUGGAUGACUGUGUUCAGCCCUGCAGAAUGUAAGGGAAACACAGUCAGCUGCAGGCUGUGGACUGAGCCUCAGAUGCCUAUUUUGUCUAUGGAUGGAGAUUUUGUAAUUGGAGGGAUUUUCUCUAUUCACUACAGCAUGAGAUCAGAGCUGAACACCUACACCACAAUGCCAGCACAGCCACGGUGCACUGGAAGCAUGGAAUACAGGCAGCUGCGCUUCGCCCGGGCCUUGGAAUUUACCAUCAACCAGAUCAACAAUAGCACAGUUCUCCUGCCGGGCAUCACGUUAGGCUACCAGAUAUACGACUCAUGCUCUGCUAUACCGAUAUCAGUGAAAGCUGCAUUUCAGUUUGCAAAUGGCCUGGAACCUGUUUUCAAUGUCACCGAUGCCUGUUUAAACUCUGCAGCUGCCGCUGUACCUGCGAUCGUAGGAGAUUCUUCUUCCACUCCGUCAAUUGCCAUGGCCAGAACGCUUGGUCUUUUUGGAAUUCCACAGGUGAGUCAUUCUGCAACCUGCGCGUGCCUGAGCGAUAAGCGUCAGUUUCCUGCCUUCUUUAGGACCGUUCCGAGUGACGAACACCAAGCGGCCGCACUAGCGAGAAUGGUGAAGUAUUAUGGCUGGUCAUGGAUUGGAGCAGUGCGCAGCGAUACAGACUACGGAAACUAUGGAAUGGCAGCGUUCCUAAAGGCAGCGCAGGAGGAGGGGAUCUGUGUGGAGUACUCCGAGGCCUACUACAGGACACAACCGCGCAGUAAACUGGAGAGAGUGGCAAAUGUCAUCCGCAGAUCCACGGCUCGAGUCAUAGUAGCGUUUCUAACCUCAAGCGACAUGAAGUUUCUCGUGGAAGAACUGAUCCGACAGCCACUGCCUCCGAUUCAGUGGAUAGCCAGCGAAUCGUGGAUCAUACAUCCAGACUUUCUACGGUUUAACAUUUGCGCCGGUGCUUUAGGAUUUGGUUUCCCCCGGUCAGUUAUCCCAGGUCUUCCUGAGUUUCUACUAGACCUUUCUCCAGCUCAAGCCUCGACAUCGCCCAUAUUAACGGAAUUUUGGGAGAGCUCAUUCAGCUGUAGCCUUAAAGGGCGGACAGGCAUGCGGGAAUGUGACGGCAGUGAGGACAUCCGUGCGCUACAGAACCCAUACACAGACACGUCUCAGCUGCGCAUCACUAACUUGGUGUAUAAAGCUACAUAUGCCAUAGCGCAUGCUAUACACAGUGUUAUCUGUAAUGACACGCAGUGCGACAAAACUAAUAAGUUCGCCCCAUGGCAGAUACUCGACCAGCUGAAGAGAGUGAACUUCACCACAAAGAACGGUUAUGAAGUCAACUUUGAUUCCAACGGAGACCCUGUAGCUGUCUAUGAACUCAUAAACCUGCAGUUUAAGAAAGAUGGCACUUUAGAUUUUGUGCCAGUGGGCUACUAUGACUCAUCCAAACCCAGAGGAAAGGAGUUCAGAAUGAGCAGUGCUAUCAGCUGGGUGGGAGGACAGACAGAGGUUCCAGUGUCUGUGUGCAGUGAGAGCUGUCCUCCAGGCACCAGGAAGGCUGUGCAAAAGCGAAGGCCUGUCUGCUGCUAUGACUGUAUACCAUGUGCAGAGGGAGAGAUCAGUAACAAGACAGAUUAUCUGGACUGUGUUCGCUGCCCUCCUGAAUUCUGGCCUAAUGCCAAACAAGACAUCUGUCUCCCCAAGCCUAUUGAGUUCCUCUCCUGGGAUGACACUCUAGCCAUCAUUCUGACAGUUGUUUCCAUCACUGGGGCCUUCAUGUCUGUGUCUGUAGGUGCUGUCUUCUAUAAACACAGGGCAUCUCCCAUCGUCCGAGCCAGCAACUCAGAGCUGAGCUUCCUGCUGCUCUUCUCUCUGACUCUGUGUUUCCUCUGUUCACUUACUUUCAUUGGUCGGCCCUCUGAGUGGUCCUGUAUGCUGCGCCACACAGCAUUUGGGAUCACCUUCGUCCUCUGCAUCUCCUGUGUUCUGGGGAAAACAAUAGUGGUGUUAAUGGCCUUCAGGGCUACACUUCCAGGGAGUAAUGUCAUGAAAUGGUUUGGGCCUCCACAGCAGAGACUCAGUGUUCUUACCUUUACUCUAAAACAGGCCAUUAUUUGUAUGAUUUGGUUAAAAGUAUCUCCUCCUUUUCCUUUUAAAAAUCUAAAGCUCUAUAAGGACAGAAUCAUCCUUGAAUGUCAUUUAGGAUCAAGCAUAGGCUUCUGGGCUGUACUGGGUUAUAUUGGGCUCUUGGCUGUUUUAUGUUUUGUUUUGGCUUUUCUAGCACGGAAGUUGCCUGAUAACUUUAAUGAAGCCAAAUUCAUCACGUUCAGCAUGCUCAUAUUCUGUGCAGUUUGGAUCACUUUUAUUCCAGCUUAUGUCAGCUCUCCUGGAAAAUUCACUGUAGCUGUGGAGAUAUUUGCUAUUUUAGCUUCAAGCUUUGGUUUGAUAAUUUGUAUUUUUGUUCCAAAAUGUUUUAUAAUUGUUUUUAGACCAACAAAAAAUACCAAGAAACUCCUUAUGGGUAAAGUACCCUCAAAAGCUCUCUGA